AUGGCUGCCACUGCCCAGAUGCAACAGAUUCGCCUUGGGACAGGCCCUCUUGGCUAUGUCCCUAUCGAGAAGGGCAUCACCGAGACCAAUGCUGCUUGCUACAAGCAGGACCAUGAUAGCUUGAAAGAUACCCUGCUGGGCCUUUGCCCUGAGCAUCUCUGGCAUAACGGCUCCUACAACGCUGGCUGCCCACGACCUAUUCUCAUUGGCAAGCAUCACCAGCAACAGAUGGAGCUUCUCCAUGAGGCACUGGUCGAUGCCCUCAAGAAUAUUGUGCCCCGGUGGUUCUCCGAUGUUGAGGCGCGGUUCCCCGAGAGGAUGCCUCUGGAGAAAGAUGAAGAAGAGCUGCUCAAGUGGCUCGACCAGCAAGUCCUGCUCGGCACUCUUCCCCCGUUUGCAGAGCGCCUGGGCUCCUGGCGACCAGACUUCCUUGUUGAGGACCACACCUGCACCCAGACCGGCUCCAUUGUGGAAAACUUCCGCGUCACGGAGAUCAACGCCCGCUUCUCCUUCAAUGGCUUCAUGCACGAGGCAUACGGCCAGCAUGCCGUCAACAAGUCCUUGAGCGACGCCGGAGCGCGGGAGCUAGGGUUAGUUAGUGCGACUGACCCGGAGAUGAUCGUGGACGGACUCUUUAGCCUGUUCAAUCCCGCUCUCCCGCUGCAUCUGCUCAAAGGAGAGGAGAAUGGCAUCGACAUCCACAUGUUCGUCGAUGCUGUCCAGCGCCGGUUUGGCAUCAAACCGCGACUCAUCACCCCAGCCGAUCUCAGGCUUCUGCCCGAUCCGCAAGCGAGGAGCGGACACCGUCUCUGCUGCUUGUACAAGGGCUCCGGAGACGACGUCACCUUGCCAGACCAGGCGACGCUGUUCACCACCAGCGACGGGGAGCUUGUGGAAGAGAUCCGCCAGGUCGGACUUGAGUUGCACCAGCGCGAGUUUGCCGCCAUGCAGCCCGAGGUGCUGCGAGAGAUCAGCCUGCGGUGCUUCAAUGACAUGCGGACCAUCCUUCUCGUCCACGACAAGCGUAUGCUGGGAAUCGUGAGACAGGAGAUCCCUCGUCUGGUGGCUCGCCACGUGCUCACCGCCCAGCAGGGAGACGCGCUGGCUCGGGGCAUCACCAAUACGCUUCUCCCGGGCUCGGAGGAGCUAGAGGAGCUUAUUCAAACCCCGGAGCUCAGGCACGAGUACAUACUCAAGCCAAUCCGCGGUGGAAAGGGUGCGGGAAUUGUCUUUGGCGACGAUCUCGAUAAUGAGCAAUGGGUGACUUCCCUGGAGAGGCUACGGUCCCCCAAGAUUGUGCCAGGUAUUUCGUGUGUCAUUCAGCGGAAGAUUGUCCCUCGCGUGUACGAUGUCAUUCUCAAGGCUUCAGGGGACAUGGUGAGCUACCCCCUGGUUGGGACUUGGCACGCCUCCAAUGGCCGGCUUCUUGGGUUGGGCACCUGGAGAUCAAGCGGGAACAGGAUCGUAGCCGUCAGCUGUGGAGGGGCCUGGAUCUGCUCGGUAAUUCGACAGGACUAG